AUGGAGGAAGCUAGUUUGUGCCUUGGCGUUUCUUCAGCAGUACCGGAGGCUGACGCCCACCUCAACAGCACCAUUCUCAAUGGACAGUAUUCCAUGAGUCAAAAGCUGCAUCAGAUAACAUCCCAGCUAAGUCAUGCCUUUCCAGAGCUGCAAAACAGGCAGAAUCCUGAGGAAAAGACAGCAUCACUCCUAGAAGACAAAAGCCACGUGUCUUUAGCAAACCAGCCAAUCAGCAGCCAGAUGGCUCUGUUAGCCAAUCAGCUUAAUAGAGAGGUCGACACCAGUUUGAAUGGGAGAGUUGAUCUGCAGCAGUUCUUGAAUGGACAAAACCUGGGAAUUAUGUCCCAGAUGAGUGACAUAGAGGAUGAUGCCCGGAAGAACAGAAAAUACCCCUGCCCCCUGUGCGGGAAACGUUUUCGUUUUAACAGUAUCCUGUCUCUCCACAUGCGCACCCACACGGGCGAGAAACCGUUCAAGUGUCCCUACUGUGAUCAUAGAGCAGCUCAGAAGGGAAACUUGAAGAUUCACCUGCGCACUCACAAGCUGGGAAACCUUGGUAAGGGCCGUGGGAGGGUUCGAGAGGAGAACAGGCUCUUGCAUGAGUUGGAGGAGAGGGCCAUCUUGCGGGAUAAGCAGAUGAAGGGCAGCCUUCUGCAACCCAGGCCGGACAUCAAAGCACAUCCUCAUUCUCAGCCCAUGCCCCUCGCCAACUGCAAUUUGUCCAUGCCCGCUAACCAUAGCACCCCGGAUAUUUCUAACCCCAUUCCUUCUCCCAAGCCUGCUAGUGUACAGGAAGAAGUGGUCGCUACCACGGCUGGAUUUCGGUGCACUUUUUGCAAAGGAAAGUUUAAGAAACGGGAAGAGCUAGACAGGCACAUCAGGAUCCUUCACAAACCUUACAAGUGUACUUUGUGUGACUUUGCUGCCUCGCAGGAGGAAGAGCUGAUCAGCCAUGUGGAGAAAGCUCACAUAACUGCCGAAUCGGCUCAGGGCCAGGGUUCCAACGGGAACGGCGAACAGUCCACCAAUGAGUUUCGGUGCGAGGUGUGUGGCCAAGUCUUUAGCCAAGCCUGGUUCCUGAAAGGCCACAUGAGGAAGCACAAGGAUUCUUUUGAGCAUUGCUGCCAGAUCUGCGGGAGGCGCUUCAAAGAGCCUUGGUUCCUUAAGAAUCACAUGAAGGUCCACCUGAACAAACUGUCUGUGAAAAACAAAUCCCCCAGUGACCCAGAAGUACCUGUGUCCAUCAGCAGCAUGACACAGGAAGCUCAUGCCAACUUGUACUCGAGAUACUUAUCCUGUUUGCAAAGUGGCUUUCUCCCUCCUGACAAAGCCAGUCUAAGUGAGCAGACUCAGGUUUACAAUAAAGGAGAUUUGCCCAUGAAGGAGAGGGAAGUUCUUGGCAAGCUCCUGUCCCCGAUUGCUGGCAUGGGCCAUAGCAUUGGUGAAGGGGACAAACAUUCUUUACUGGGCUGUCUCAACCUUGUGCCUCCUCUCAAAUCCAGCUGUAUAGAAAGAUUACAGGCUGCCGCUAAGGCUGCUGAGAUGGACCCUGUAAACAGCUAUCAAGCUUGGCAGCUGAUGGCGAGAGGAAUGGCCAUGGAACAUGGCUUUUUGUCUAAAGAGCACCAGAUACAACGGAGCCAUGAAGACACUUUGGCAAACGCUGGAGUUUUGUUUGAUAAGGAGAAGAGGGAGUAUGUGUUAGUCGGAGCAGAUGGCUCCAAGCAGAAAAUGCCUGCUGAUUUGGUUCACAGCACUAAAAUGGGCAAUCAGAGAGACUUGUCAAACAAACUAGACCCUUUGGAAAGCAGUAGAGAUUUUCUGUCUCACGGCCUGAACCAAGGACUCGAUUAUAACAUGCAGAGUCACAGUAACUCGAAAGAGAAGCCAACUGAGUGCCCAGACUGCGGCAGGGUUUUUAGAACAUACCACCAAGUUGUUGUUCAUUCCAGGGUCCACAAAAGAGACAGGAAGACAGAAGAAGAGAUCCUUCAAGGGAACCUCGAGGAACGCCGGGGGUCCGGGAGCGAUCAAGAGUCUCAGUCGGUCAGCAGGUCGACAACGCCGGGGUCCUCCAAUAUUACCGAGGAAAGUGGAAUGGGAGGAGGUCUGUCACAGACAGGAAGUGCCCAGGAAGACAGCCCACAUCCUUCUUCACCUUCCUCUUCAGACGUCGGAGACGAAGCCGGGAGAUCUGCCGGAGUCCAGCAGCCAACUUUGCUGAGAGAAAGGAACCUGGGGUCUGCCAUGAAAGACUGUCCCUACUGUGGGAAAACUUUCAGGACAUCACAUCACUUAAAGGUUCACUUGAGGAUACAUACAGGUGAAAAACCUUAUAAGUGUCCCCACUGUGAUUAUGCUGGUACCCAAUCCGCAUCGCUCAAGUACCACUUAGAACGACACCACCGGGAACGACAGAACGGAGCCGGAUCUCUCUCUGGACAGUCUCAAAAUCAAGAACACAAAGAGGAAACGUCAAGUAAAGGAUCAAUGUUCAUUCGGCCUGAAGUACUGAGAGGUGCCUUUAAGGGUCUUCCAGGUAUAGAUUUCCGAAGUGGCAUGGGGUCUCAGCAAUGGUCACCGGGUCUGCUUUCCUCAGGAGACCAUCCAGGCCAUGCAAUUGGCAUGUCUUCAGAAGUAUCUCCUGAUAAUAUCAAGGGAUCUGAUCUCCCUUCCAAAGGAACACGAUUUUCUGAACUUGGCAGAACAUAUCAUAGCAUGGUUGGGAAUGGGGUGAAUUUCCAAGGAUCGCUUCAAGCAUUCAUGGACAACUUUGUCCUCAGUUCCUUGAAGAAAGAAAAAGAAAUGAAGGAAAAAGUCCUAAGUGAUUGCCUUUCUACAAAAUCACUGGUUUCAGAAAAUAGUGAGGACAAAUUACCUAGUAAACAUAGAAAAACAGAAAAAUCGCAAUAUGAGCCUCUCGACCUAUCUGUGAGGCCUGAUGCAGCCAGUCUUCCGGGUUCAUCAGUUACAGUCCAAGACAACAUUGCUUGGCAUGGCUGCUUGUUUUGUUCCUUUACAACAUCAUCUAUGGAGUUAAUGGCUCUUCACCUCCAAGCUAAUCACUUAGGCAAAGCGAAGCGUAAAGACAGUGUUUUAGGAUCAACCCGAAAUGGUAAAGAUCAACCUAGGGAGGCCAUUUCUUCAGCAAACAAAGCCAGCUUGCUGCCUGCUUCCAUACAAUCCCACAAAGAUGCAGCAGUUUCCAAUCUGAUUGGUCAAAUUGACUCAAUUUCUGAAAGAAUGAACCAAGGACCCAAGGACACACCAGGAGAACAAAAAAAUACUGCUUGGCCCGGUCACAUGGAUUCCACUUUUUGCAACUUUGCGGCAGACUUCUAUAAACAAUUUGGCGUUUAUUCUGGGGUUGUCGGAGCACAAAACUCUUGUACCACUAAUGAACUUGACCUAAAAACACAACCCGGAGACAACCCCGCCAUGCUGCUCUCUGACUCUGUAAAUAAAAGUGCUACUGACGACCUGUCAGACAUUGCUUCAUCUGAAGAUAUGGAAUCCUCCAAGGAAGAGACCAUUGACGACGAUGACAUUGACGCAGAAUCUGAUCUUAUGAACAAACCGUUGCCCUCCCUAAACAAAGAUGGGGAAAACAUGCCAGGCUGUGUCGCCUCAAAAACCUCGCAAGGACUCAUAUCGCCGCUGCCACCAACUUCCGAAAAGCCGUGGCACAGUCAGAACUUGCUUCCUCCUCAUGAAGCUGUACAAGGUGCAAUGAAACUGGAACAAGUUCAAAGCCCGCAGGUUCUGGAGAAGCAAGUAAACAUGCUGUCGGUCCUAAGAGCCUACAGCUCUGAUGGCUUAGCAGCCUUUAAUGGACUUGCAAGUAGCACAGGAAGUAGUGGAUGUAUCAAGAGACCUGACUUGUGUGGUCACCGGCCUUUCCAAUGCAGAUACUGCCCUUAUAGUGCCUCUCAGAAGGGAAAUUUGAAGACCCACGUCCUUUGCGUCCAUCGCAUGCCUUUUGAUAACAGCCAGUAUCCAGAUCGGAGGUUCAAGCGUUCCAGAGUUGACUCUGAGGCUUCUGGGAAUUUAGAGGAACCUGCAACUGUCAAACCUGGGAGCCAAACAGAGUUAACGGAAGAGGGCAGCAAGGCCCAAGAGUAAUGCAACCGAACAAAUCAAUCUGUAUAUUGUAAUAUUAU